AUGCUGUACCUCGUAGGACUAGGUCUCUCCGACGAGACCGACAUCACAGUCAAGGGCCUCGAAGUCGUCAAGAAGGCCUCGCGAGUCUACCUUGAAGCCUACACGAGCAUCCUUCUCGUCGACAAGGCCGUCUUGGAAGCCUACUACGGCCGCGAAAUCGUAGUAGCAGACCGCGAAAUGGUCGAAUCCAACAGCGACGAGAUCCUCCGCGACGCCCAGACCGAAGAUGUAGCCUUCUGCGUCGUCGGCGAUCCCUUUGGCGCGACAACGCACACCGACCUCGUCCUCCGCGCCCGCGAGCUCUCCAUCCCCGUCGCCACCGUUCCCAACGCCUCCAUCAUGUCCGGCAUCGGCGCCACCGGCUUGCAGCUCUACAACUUUGGCCAGACCGUCUCUAUGGUCUUUUUCACCGACACCUGGAAGCCGGCCUCCUUUUACGACCGCAUUAAGGAGAACCGCGAUAUCGGUCUGCACACGCUCGUCUUGCUCGACAUCAAGGUCAAGGAGCAGAGCCUCGAGGAUAUGGCGAGGGGACGGAGGGUCUACCAGCCGCCGCGGUACAUGACUGUCGGACAGUGCGCUGCGCAGAUGCUCGAGAUUGAAGAGGAUAAGAAGGAGGGCGUGUAUACGCCUGAUAGCCUGGCUAUUGGAGCGGCGCGCGUGGGAGGCAAGACUGAGAAGUAUGUUGCUGGCACGCUGAAGGAGCUGUGCGAUACGGAUGAGAUCCUGGGUGAUCCGCUUCACAGCAUGGUUCUCCUCGGCAGAAGGGCACACGAGCUGGAGCGCGACUACAUUCGCGAGUUUGCGGUGAACACUGAGACGUUUGACAAGAGCUGGGCUGCGGACUAUGGGAAGCAAUAA